GCCAUUACGAUUUUCGUUCCUUCGAGUCGCGGAUUGUUCGGUCGAGCUAAAAACCUAGCGAGCGAGUGUCGCGAGUGCUGUGUAAUAAAAUCAAAUAUCGGUACAGUAGUGGUGCAGAAAAAAAGGAAUAUGCAUAGCAGCAGCAGAAAAAACAGUGAAACAUCCAAUGGUGUGCAGCAGAAGUGCAAAAGUGCAAUGGAAUCGCAGAAAAUGCGACCCUAAAUAAUAAUCCGCUUCGACCCGCGAUGAAACCAGUGGAAAAGUGCGCUACGAUGAAGCCCGGCCCCGAUGGUGGCCAAAUAGUGUCGGACAGAGCGCUCUCAGUGGCGAAAAACGAGUGUAGUAAAUAUUGUACGCAGCAGCAGCAGCUGCAAAAGAAGGAAGAAAAGUUCACUGGCAGCAAUAAUAAUAGUGCUAGUGUUAUUGGUGGUGCAUCGAAGAUAGAACCCUGCACGGGAACGGAAGUGGCCGUGGCAGCGGAAGCUGCUAGUCGUAUUAAAACAACAAACUUAUCAUCGUCAUCCGCCGCGGUUGGUCCGAAUUUGGCCGCAAUAGAAACCACAACCAAACCAUCCAAGACGAUGGUAGUGGUGGUGGUGGAGGAGGAGACGGCGGCAUCGGCAGCGACGGCUGUGUCACAGAAGGGUGAGAAGGCGUCGAAAAAUCACGUAGACACUACUACUGGCAGCAGCGCCGCGAAAACGUCGUUCUCUAAAAAUAAUGAUAAAUGCGACACACCGGCGAAGGAUAUCAUCAUGUCGUCCCGUGCUGAUAAUGAACCAUCCCGGAGUCACAAGAAGAAAAAGAGCAAAGAUAAAGACCGAGAUCGCGACAAGGAGCACAAGAAACGUCGCCACUCGAGCGACCACAGCGCCACCGUCGGUGGCACCGGUAGCAGCUCGGGCAUCCACUCUACCAGCAGCUCCACCACCUCAAAGGACAAAUCAUCCAGCAAUUCGUCAAUCCAAAACAAGGAAAACCAACACCAUCUGCAACACAAAUCAGACAAACCGGAAAAAGUCACCCCCGCCCCGGUUGACUUCCCGGUCCAAAUUAAACAGGAACUGUCGAUUGAGAUCAAUUCCACCCAGCUACUGAACAGUGGCGCCGGUGGAGUUUCGGCACCGGCAGUCGCUGUUGCAGCUGCCGUAGCAGCCGGUACGCCAAUUUCCCCCAUAAAUCUACUGCUGAAUUUGGAACGAAGUAACAGUGAAAACAGCACGAUCAAGAAACAGGACGUGUUCAUCAAGAAGGAGUACAAGCCACUGAAACCGGAGAAAUCUCGGGACGAUGUCUCGAGGGCGUUGAACUUUAGCGAAGGCAAUGGUCCCGUCUGCACGAGCGCCAGCGCUAGCAGCAUCAGUAGUAGCAGCAGCAGCACCAGCAGUAACGGCAAUAGCACUAGUGCCACCGGCAGUACAACUAACUUAAAUAGUAAUAAGAAUACUAAUAUUUUGAUAAAAAUUGAGUCGCCCAAGAAUCUGGACGACAAAUCGGUCGUCGUGAAGAAGGAAAUUAUAACUGACGACGGAGCAGCGACUCCGGAGAAGCUGGUCAACGGAGGUACGAAUGUUGUUACUCCGACGGCGAUUCUCUCAAGUAGUAGUAUCUCAACGAUAUCAACGACGACGGUACCUAUCAAACAGGAACCUCCGCUGGAGAAGAGUACCUCCCAUGAGCACCAUGUUCACAAAUCUUCGUCCCAGCUUGGAAGCAGCGUCAGCAGCACUAAGCUCUCCAGUUCAUCCUCGUCCACUUCGGUGCACAAGAGUAGUAGUAGUAGCAGUAGCAGGGAGUGCUCACGCUGCUACAAACGAUCCAAGAUCAAGCGAGCUAAUAUCGGGAUUCAGUGCAAACGGGAAAAGGUGGAAUAUCCAUUGAGUAGUGUCGUGCCGGUGGAACCAUGCACGAGGAUAGGUACGAUUAGUCGGGACAUGAACUGCAACCGAAAGGGGCUCGAUCAUCUCAAGUAUGGCCGGUUCAUGCGGAUAGAGGUGCACCCGAAUGGAGGCGCCUCGGUGGUGCACAUGUACCAGGACGAGAUCAGUGUCCUGUCGGAGACCGAGAUGGAGGAACUGGUGAACGAGUUCUUCGAUGUUUGCUUCAACGAGGACGAGGAGGGGUUUGCCGACCACGUGAUGGGGAUCGUGCACAAUGCGGCCGACUAUCUGCCGGAUCUGUUGGAACACAUGGCUGAGAACUAUGCCAAUCUGACGGUGAAGGCGGGUGUUCUUGGUCGGAAUUCCGACAUCGAAACGUGCACGAUGUAUCAGUACAAUGACCAGGUUGUCAAAAACUACUCACACGGAACUGUCCGGUACGGUCCGCUACACCAAAUCAGUCUGGUGGGAAAGGUUCACGAAGAAGUCGGAGGCUAUUUCCCCGAUCUGUUGAAACGUCUCGAACAGAACCCAUUCCUCAAAAAGGCUAUGCCAUGGGGAGAGUUGUCAAUUGUACAGAUGGAUCCGCGAUUGUCGAACGAUGGUCCGAUUUUGUGGAUCCGGCCCGGCGAACAGCUGGUGCCAACGGCCGAAAUCAACAAGACGCCUCUCAAGCGGCAAAGGACUCGAAUCAACGAGCUCCGGAAUUUGCAAUAUUUACCCCGACUGUCGGAGGCCCGAGAAACCAUGAUCGAUGACCGCACCAAAGCGCACGCCGAUCACGUCGGACACGGUCACGAUCGGAUGACUACUGCUGCUGUUGGUGUCCUCAAGGCUGUCCGUUGUGGCAUACCGGACGAGUUGAAUCGUAUCACCAAGGAUGUGGUCGCAUUCGAUGCCCACUGUUUCCCGCAUUUGGUGGAAAAAUUGCAGCUGGAUUUGCAUGAGCCACCGAUUUCGCAGUGCGUCCAGUGGGUGGAAGAUGCCAAGCUGAACCAGCUCCGGCGCGAGGGUAUCAAGUACUCGCGGAUAUCGCUGUACGAUAAUGAUAUCUACUUCUUGCCGAGAAACAUCAUCCAUCAGUUCCGUACGGUGACGGCGGUGACCAGUAUAGCGUGGCAUCUACGACUGAAGCGGUACUAUCCGGACCAGGAAUUCGUCCAGGAAAUCGCCAAUGGGUACGAGGUUGAUCCACCGCAUUACAAGGAGAAGCAAACGAUCUUGCCGCAUCCAAUUUCGGCGGAAGAUACUAAGAAGAGCACUCCGGUCAAGCGAACGCAUGAUGGCAGACCAAAGAAAUCGGAGAAGAAGGAUUUGAGUGCAAUCCCACCAGCGGCGAUGGUACCGGCGGAAGCUUCGACUGCGACGGCGGCUCCGGCAGCAUCGACGGCGGUGGUGGCUACGGUUCCGGAAGUUGCGAUGCCAGUGGUGAAAGAAGACAAACCUGAGAUUAUCGCGAUAGAUGUUGAGAAGCAGGCCAUUGAAGCUAAGAUCGAUAUGAGGAAGCUGGUGAGGGAUGACAAACCAUUGAAAGUUCAGAAGAAGAGCAGCUCAAGCCAUAAGCACUCAUCGUCGUCGUCUACGUCUUCUCAUAAGCAUCACAGCAGCAGCGUGGGAAGCAGCAGCAGCAAGAAGGACAAGCAUCGUUCCAAUGGCGAACGAGAUAAGGACAAAGAUAAGGAGAAGCACCGUGAAAGGGAUAAGGAUCGGGAGAGGGAACGGGACAGGGAUAAGGAUCGACAUCGUCACCAUAAGUAUCAUUCCUCUUCGGGUAAGUUGUCCAGUUCUUCUUCGAAGCAUCAGUCGAGUGAGGAGCGGAAACGGAAGUUGUCUUCAUCGUCGUCGGAACGACAUCCGCACAGUGCUAGCAGCAGUCGGCGUGAAUCGACUUCAAGUGUGACGAAAGAGAAGGAGCAUGCAGUCGGUCUGGUACCGUCAGUUCCACCCAUGGCAGCUGAGAUCGAAAUCGAUAACAACGUUGAGGUUUCCAGCCAUGGCCAAGUCAUCUUGAUUGAUUCAACGCUCACGGAAGCACCAGCACUCAAUAGCAAUUACGAGUCUGUGAUAACUUGCAACGACGAGUCCAAGCUUACCGUCGCAAUGGAAACGACCAUCUCGGCUGAAGGUGAUGAGAUCAGCACCGAACCGUUGCUACUUUUGAAAUCGGAAGAGGAAAUCAUCACCACCACCAUCGUGGACGACGACCAGCACCUAAAUGCGGUUCCCGUCGAGCAGCACUGCGUAUCGAUCUCCCAUUCUUCCUCUCCAUUGGAAGUCCAGAAUCAUCCUCCGCCUCCUCCACCACCUCCACCGCCACCACCACCCGCCGAAGUAGCCCCACCGUUGCCGCCAUUACCACCCGCACCGCCGGCUCCCGAAACCCCUACAAAAGCAACGUACAACCACCACAGCAGCGUCGAACACCAUUCAGCAACGCCAAAGUUGAAGAAAAGUAUUCAUGUAUCAGUAGCAAGCACCAAUCACUCUAGUAGCAGCAGUGCUCAUCACUCGAAACAAUUGUCAUCAUCUGGUUCUUCGUCGGCGCGAACAGUCAGCACAACACCUUCCAAAAAGUCCAGUGACCUGCUAAGUUCCAUCAUGGCAAGUAUGGAGAGCACGCCGAAUCGUAAUGCAAGCAAUUUCUAAGCCCUCCCCUGUGCGACGUCUCGUUCGUCUGAAAGCUUACGUUUCGUCCCUUUUGCUAAGUUCUAUUUCGAUAUUCAGUGUUCCGUGUUUGACGUCCCACAAACUCGUAACCUUCAAUUUCUGUAUACAGUGUAUCGUUGUCCUGCUAGGAGAAAAGUUGUGCUAUACAUCACUUCAAAGUGUGUAAUAUGAUAAUGUUUAGGUAAUCAGUUAAGUUAAAAUUGGGCACGAAUUUUAUCAAUUUUUAGACACUCUUUCAAUGUUUGCGUGACAGUUAGCCAUACCAUUUGGAUAAAUCUAUCACGCCAACGUUCAAAGUGCAACAUUGUUUAUAACAUUUGUAGAUAUCUGUAAAUACAUUGGAUGUUAUGCACCAACUGCACAGCUUUUCUACCCGUGCGGAUACUGAAAGUACACAUACAAAAAUCACACACUGCCACCUACCUUCAAAUGGAUAUACACGCAAAAAAAAUCUAGUAAGCAAAUAAGGAAAACAAAAGUUCGGAAAACGUGCUCUCAUCUCUUAAUCAUUAACGAUCUCCCAUUUUUUUUAGGAACAAAGCAGCGAAAGAUACGCGCUUUUAAAUGCUUUGGCAACCUUUCCCUUGAGAAAGUUAUAACUAAAUGUGUAGGAAUAUGAGCCUAACGGACUCGUGUCACACAUUUACACGUAACACACACACACACACAUACAUAAACACGCAUUGUUGCACUUUUAGUGAGCUAGAAAAAGAAACAGAAAAAAAAUUAAACUCACAAAACAAAUGUAUGAAGCAAAUAAAAUACAACAUAUUUUAUCUCUUCUUCGAAAUGAAAAAAAAAAAUCAACACAACUAAGAAGCAGAGAUUGCUAAAAUUAAUGUUAAGACAAAAAAAUAUUAUAGUGGAUAAGUCCAAACAAAAACAUACAUAUAAAGUGAAUAAGUAGACUUUAAAUCCAGGAGCAUACAAUUCAAAACAACUGACUACGGAGAAUGUUACUUUCACCCCAAACAUAUUGACGAUCUGUUGAGCCGGCUAAUUAAUUUAACUAACGCCCCUUUUUAUUCCCCUGAGUAAAAUAAAACAAGCAAGAAGGUUUGGAGCGGCAAACACAAACAUCUUGAUAUCUCUACGUAUAAAUAGCAGUUACGAUGCUUGAUAGUUAUUAACCCCCUUUCCGGCGAUCAUUGUCGGUCGCGGUAAUCCGUAAGCUUUUGGUAAGUUAAAUUAUUUUUUAAAUAUACAUAGAUUUAUAUAUAGGUAUAUAUAUUAAACCUAGAUGCUGUUGAUCUACAAUAACUUAUUCGAUACGAUAUUUUUUUUUUUGGUCUCAAGUCCCCCGUUUAAGUCCUUUUUAAUAUUUCACACAAACACAUACACGCCCUCGUGCUAGUUACGCUGGUUUGUGUCAGCUGCGUAAUCUCGUCGAUUGGCUUUAGUUUCCUGAGAAUGUCUUGAAAUUCUAAUCGGCGACUGCAUCCUAAUUUUGCUGAAUCCCGUCUCUUGAGUCGCUCUACUGUUCACAAUGUUUAUUUCAAUGAAAAUUAUUUAUCCCCAGCAAGCCCCCACGUAGAGAUUAGCCUAUCGCGUCGUAUGUAUAUUUUAUUAUAUAUAGAAUGAGUAAGAAUUUAUCUCUAUCCACAAUCGAUUACACACACACAUCUGUAUAUUUUAAGAGAGUAAAUAAAAAACAAUAAAAUACUGUUUACGGUAUUUAAUGGUGUAAGACAAAAAUUUAAA